GACAACAUUCCGAUGAAGUCACGAUCGAUAAAACUCCGGGAAGCUCAUAAAGUCGCCGGAAGCGCAGCGUCGUUCUGCUCUAUCCUUUGGGACCAUAAGGCGGAACAUUUCGUCACCUCAUCUUCUUCGGAUCCAUCCAUCACCGUCCACGAUGGACUCUCGCCUUCCUCUUCACCCCCGACCAUUCUCCGACAUCACCAUGACGGCGUCACCGCCUUGGCUCUUAGCCAAGACUCUUCUUUCCUCGCCUCUGGAUCUAUCGAUCAUUGCGUUAAGCUCUACAAAUUCCCAAGCGGGGAAUUUCAGACGAACAUAACCAGAUUCACACUUCCGAUUCGCGUGCUUGCGUUUAAUGGAUCAGGCAGUCUAUUGGCAGCUGCUGGAGACGAUGAAGGGAUCAAACUUAUAAACACGAUUGAUGGCUCGAUUGUUAGAGUUUUAAAAGGGCAUAAAGGUCCUGUGACUGGCUUAGAUUUCAACCCUAAUGGUGAGCUCUUGGCUUCGCUUGACUCAAAUGGGACUGUGUUAUGCUGGGAGCUUCAAAACGGGAUUGUUUCGUUUACUCUUAAGGGUGUUGCGCCAGACACAGGUUUCAGCACUUCCAUUGUGAAUAUCCUUAGAUGGAGUCCCGAUGGUCGAAUCCUCGCCGUGCCUGGUUUGAGAAACGAUGUGGUGAUGUAUGAUAGAUUCACUGGGGAGAAGCUUUUUGCUCUAAGAGGUGAUCAUCUCGAGGAUAUAUGUUAUCUAACAUGGGCUCCUAAUGGGAAGUAUAUAGCUACAUCUGGUUUGGAUAAACAAGUGCUUCUCUGGGAUGUUGAUAAGAAACAGGACAUAGAUAGGCAAAAAUUCGAGGAGAGAAUAUGUUGUAUGGCAUGGAAACCAAAUGCUAAUGCUUUAUCGGUCAUUGAUGUCAGGGGAAAAUUCGGAAUUUGGGAAUCUUUGGUUCCAUCAUCCAUGGUAUCUCCUACAGAGGGUAUCCCAGAUAUACUACCAAAGAGGAGGAAUGAGAUUCUUAUUUUUGACGAAGAAAUGGUAGAAGAAGAACUUGAUGAUGCAUCUGAAAGUUUAAAUGAUGCUCUGGUAGAUAGUGAUGAUGGAGAAUCUCAUCAAUCUAGCAGGAAAAGAUUGAGGAAAAGAGCUGUUAUUGAUGAUGAUGGUGAUGCAAAUGAGGAAGUCUUUGAUAGGAGUAGCUUACCUACCGCAUCUCGCUACAAGAAAAAAACACAUAAAGGAAGUGGGGUUUCAAAAAGCAUUGCAGCAUCAACCAAGUACAAAAUGCAAAAGCCUUUCCAGCCUGGUGCAACACCACCAGAACCAGGAAAAAGAACAUUCUUGUGUUACAAUAUGUUGGGAUGCAUAACUACAAUUGAACACGAGGGAAACUCCCGUAUUGAGACAGAUUUUCAUGAUACUGGAAGAGGUCCACGAGUUUCAUCAAUGAUCGACAUCUAUGGGUUUACUAUGGCAUCAAUAAAUGAAAAUGGAUGUGUUUUUGCGAAUCCCUGCAAAGGAGAAAAGAACAUGAGUGUUCUGAUGUAUCGACCAUUUAGAAGCUGGGCCAGUAAUAGUGAGUGGACAAUGAGGUUUGAAGGAGAAGAGGUGAAGGUUGUUGCUAACGGUUUUGGUUGGGUUGCUGUGGUUACAAGCCUCAAUUUGCUUCACAUAUUCAGCGAGGGUGGUUUACAGAAACAUAUUCUUUCCGUUGAUGGCCCCGUUGUCACUGCAGUAGGAUGCAGGGAUCAACUUGCAGUGGUAACUCAUGUUUCAGACUGCCUUCCAUCAAAUGAACAGAUGAUGGAAUUUAGAGUCUUGAACAUACCCAGAAUGACUCAGGAGCUGAAGGGCCGUGUUGCCAUAACCCCUGGCUCACGCUUAACAUGGAUAGGGUUCAGUGAGGAAGGUUGUUUCAGCUCAUACGAUUCUGAGGGUGUGUUGAGGGUUUUUACUAGUCAAUAUGGCGGCUCAUGGAUCCCAGUUUUCAGUACCAGUAGAGAGAAGAAACAAGAAGAAAACUACUGGGUGGUUGGCUUGAAUAAAACCAGUUUAUACUGUAUAGCUUGUAAACACCCUGAGCUUUUCCCACAGGUGACACCAAAACCAAUCCUUACCAUUCUAGACUUUUCUCUCCCGCUGGCAUCCUCAGAUUUAGGAGCAGCAUCUCUAGAAAAUGAGUUCAUUCUAAAGCAGCUGCGUUUAUACGAGACUCAAAAAAGAGUGGACGAUAUGGCUUCGACCGGGGUGGACACAACAGCACUUGAAGAUGAGGCUUUUGAUCUGGAAGUUUCUCAAGAUAAAUGCAUACUAAGGCUCAUCAGCUCGUGUUGCAGUAGUGACAAGUUUGUUAGGGCCAGUGAACUUAUGAAGCUUUUAUCUCUAGAAAAAUCAAUGAGAGCAGCAAUAACACUGGUUACCAAACUCAAGCUUCCAUUUUUGGCAGAAAAAUUCUGUAGCAUACUGGAGGAAAGGUUGCUUGAAGAAGCCAACGAGGGGACUACAAAUCCUCCGCAGGAUCCAAGCAGAGAAGUGGUUAAAUCCAAGGUCCAGAAUCCUCCAGCUCCGAUCCAGACAAGUGAAAACACAGAGGCAGUUGUGAAAUCAUCUGCUACUAAGCUGUCUGCUACUACACUUGUGAGGAAAACAAAAGUUUCAGAAGGUCUUAAGCUGGGAAAAGAACAAACAAAGGGAGACGAAACUGAUGAUGCGAAGAAAAAAGAGAUAAAGAAACUUAAUUUGAUAAAGAGUCCGGUGAACAAUGUUAAGAAUGAAGACAAGGGACUUAGAAAAGAAGCGAAUCAAGAAGACAUACGACGUUCUUCAAACCCGUUUCUGAAAUCAACUGUUUAAUGAUCUUACUUUGUGGUUACAUUUAACAAGGGUAUGAUGAAUGCAUCUGUUUCAUUUAUUUAAGAUGAUGAUCCU